AUGCGGGCUUUAGCCGCCCGCCCUUGGCUCCUUGUUCUCGCGAUGGCGGCCGUAGGAGAUUCGGCAGGUGCACCGAUUGCCAUCGUCACCGGAGGAAAUACCGGCAUCGGCUAUUACACCGCAGGCCAGCUCGCCUCUGUUGGCUAUGCCGUGGUCAUUGGCUGUCGCAGUGUUGCUCGUGGAGAGGCGGCUGCUGCGGCCCUUACAGAGGCAGGAGGCGACGUCAUCAAUCGACAGCUCGACCUCUCCUCCUUCGCUUCCGUGCUGAAAUUCGCAGAGGAGGUGAAACACAUGGACGGCGAGCUGACGCUGCUGGUCUGCAAUGCCGGCCUCAACUCUGCGUCGGCUGAGCAGGAGCCAUCCCGACAGCUGUCGUCGGAUGGUGUGGACAAGCUUUAUCAGACGAACUACCUGUCGCACUUUCUCCUGACCCUGUUGUUGCUGCCGCUGCUCCGUCGAGCCAAGGGGCGUGUGAUCAACGUUUCCUCGGUCGUCCACAGAAGCGCUUCAUUGGACGACUUUAGCAUCACACGAGAAAUUCGAGAUCCAUAUGUCUCACUCUACGGGCUUUCCAAACUUGCACAGAUUGUGUCGAGCUACGCGCUCCACAAGCGUUAUGGCGAGGAUGUCGCUUUCCACUGUGUCAACCCGGGCGGUGUCAAAUGUCUGAAACUUGCUUCGCUGGUGUACGGAGGGAUUUCUGGCACUCUCGUGAAGUUGCAUCUGACAUUUGGCGGGGGUAUGCGGGAUGGCAACAGGCUGUUUUCUCCCGACUUCUGA